AUACAGUACUUCAGCAUGUUCUGAGCAUCCGAAACUCCUGCAUGACCUCUCACGCCUCUGCAGAUCACUCCCGUGUGCUUUCAGGAGAUAACGGAGACAUGCAGACGAGCAUCGGUGUGGAGGAGGACGCAGAGAGACCGGAGAUCCUCCCGUUCAGCGUCGAGGCACUGAUGGCAGACCGGAGACCGAACAGCGCUCUCAGCCCGGACCGGACCGGUGCUCGUUUGGCGUUUUCUGUUGACCUUCUGAAACUGCAGGAGAGCACGUGGCUCCAUCAGCUCUCUCCCCGGCGUCUCAGUCCUCCCGCGUGUCCUCUGAGAAAACACAAAACCAUCCGGAAGCCUCGGACCCCGUUCAGCACGUCGCAGCUGCUGAUGCAUUUGAUGGUGGUUAGUCUUGGUUCCUCGCCCCCGGAUCGCUCGGAGCAGGGUUUCUCACACCAGUGA